CAAAGUGAUCAAUAACUCUGCCGCCGCAGCCUAUUGGGGGGUGCGCAGACGCGCGUUAAUACGUUAUCGACCCGCGCUGCAAGCGAUUAAAGUCUUGGUUGAAUCCGCAUCGCUGCACGGGCGAUCAGCGCUGCCCAUACUCAACGCCAUCGCUGCGACAAUGAGUGUACGCGAUAGAGCAACAAUGAGCGGCGAGUUUCCCAAGAGCCCGCCGGGCCAGGCGUUGAGGGAUCGACUCGAGGCGGGUAGGCGCAUCGCGCAGUCCUGCGUCACGAACGUGUUUGGGGACAGCGCGAACAACGCGGCCAUGGCGACGUCUCUUGGGACUGUACUAGCUAUUGGAGUUUAUGAAGGUGCUUUGUUGACGAGACCCGGAGCGCUCGGCCGAGCGAGGUUCUGCUUUCGGUACGGCGCGGCCCAAGUGCUACCGUCGGUCAUAUGGCUGACGAAGCCGGCCAGGACGUGUUGCGAAGCGUGGCGCGUCGAGGCGAAACCUUUGCUCAGAGAGGUCAGUCCACGCAGAGAACUGAAGGUUUUAGGAGCCCAGACGCUGCGGAGCAUCGUGGCGGGCUUCCUAGGUAUAGCGCAAGUGAUGAGGUUAGUCGACUCGUCGGCUGCUGCGGCGUCCGACUAUGACGAGCGCGUAAGGAAUGGCCACGAGCCGUUGUUCGAGACGGGCGUGCAAGAGCGAGUUGUUAGACUCGCUGGUAGAGAAAGCGACGUCACGGAGCUUUCUGUGAGAAGAUUCGGCGCGCACAUCGUGCCCGUUUUUGAAGAUUUCUCCCUGCCUUCGGUACGCAGAACAUUAGCAGCAGCUAGAACCGCAGGAAGUGGUGUGGACACGCCCUUUGGCUGGCACGUGCCCGACGGCGCGUAUUCCAAAAUGGAGAGCUGGGGCGUGCCCCCGCCGACGGUCGAUCGCGACGGCGACGGCACGGCGGACUAUGAUUUGUCUCGGGCCGCAUUUCGCGUGAAAAGGGAGUGGCUCCUGCCGAACGGUCCUAACAGAAGAGCUCUGGUGGUGGAGGCUGAUAGCUCAGUAGGCGAGCAGGCUUUAGCUUUAGGAGCGGAAGGCGCCGACGACCUCACGCUCCAGGAGUGCUCCCAGGGCUUUCGGUUGGUCGAACGAUUGGCGACCGAACAAAAAGCUUUACAAGCGGACGACGCGGUGAUUAGAGUCAUGCUCGCCGACGCAUCUAGACAAAUCAGAUCAGGAGGCGGCGCAGCUAUGAGUUUGAGGGCGCUCGUCGAGGAGCACGACGAGGCCGACAUAAUUAUUGAUGCGAGCGCGCCGCUCAUCCACUCGAUCGUGGCGUGGGCCGAGACGACGGGAAGUGGACGCUAUUUACUCUUCAAGACCGAGAACAGCGAGUACUACGCGUCCGUGCGCAGUUCGCUGAAGGCGCGCGGCUGGCGCGUCGCCGACUUCGAGGGGGCCUCCACCAAGCAGCGGAAGUCGUUACCCGUGUUGGUGUAUGAAGAGACGACGGAGGAUUCCGUGAAUUCCAUCGAAAGUUUGCUGCGGAAGAACGAGGUCAAUUCAUCAAUGGUUUGUGCUUUGUUGGACAGCGUGUCGGGCGUCGACGAAUUGAGGCGGCUCGGGUCUCGGUUGCCUCCAGCUCGAUCGGUGUCGCACGUCUGCAGUGCCGAGAUCUACUGCGACUGCUUUACGCGCGUGCGCCACGCUAUUCGAGCGGGGACGCCUACGCAGACCAUACAAAGGGAGCUCGACGACGCGUUCGCUCCGCACUAGUAAUUUUAACAAGUU